AUGGCUGCAAAGGAAACCACACCUAUCUCGGGAAAAUUUCAAUGCGUGCAAUUUUUGUACGCGACGCGUGAUUUUCGCAACAUGGCGCGAACCUGGCAGGUACACCUUGCAGAAUCGUCUCUGAAAUACCUGGUGCUUUCUCUACUUUUGAGCUAUGUCAGCUCGCAAUCUUGCACGGCACCGUUGCCACAGACAUGUACUUGCAAUGAGACGUUUUUCGUGUGCAGAUCUGCAAACCUGACGGAGUUUCCGAGCGGUUUACCAAAUGCUGUUACGCUACAAAAUAUAGACGUGAGUGACAACUUGAUUCCUUCAAUAUCCAGCGAUGUACUGGGUGGAUAUACACAGCUUGGAACAUUGAAUCUUGCAAGGAAUGUCUUGACUAGCAUUGCGGAGCAAACUGUGCAAGCAAACUUCACAUUAGAUCUGAGCUCCAAUCCCAUUGUAUGUGACACCAGCCUAGCUUGGCUAGCAGAGAAAACCGUUCUUGGAACAUGUGCCGACGGAGGAGAAAUCUCUGCCUUUAUAGAAAGCUUGAAGUCAACGGCUGCUGCUCCAGUGAGUGGCCCCACCCAGUCAAACACCACAAUAGACGCCCAGACGCAACCCCUGACAGACGCACCGUCGCAGUCUGUGAUGACAUCACCCAUAGUGGGCACCACACUAGAGCCAGAGGAACCCAAUAGAUUAUACAUCCUUGCCAUCAUUAUCCCCGUUCUAGUCAUCGUGGUGAUUUGCAUCGCAAUCGUCAUCUUCACCAGGAAGAACCGCAAGCAACAGGAAGCGUACAACUCGUCCAUUCGCUACUCGGUAGUCCGCAAGGACGCCGGAGCUGGUAACCGAGUCUACAGCGACGUCACCACUGAGUUAUAGUGAUGUCAGGUUGUAUCUGGUGGGCGAGUCCGUGUAUGAAGGGUAGAUGGGACGUUGUGAACACAUGUGAAAGUCCGUAUGCGCGAAACAUUGCGUGCGCGAUACAUGGCAUGAGCACUUGUUUGCGCACAUAUGGAACAAGGAUUUUAUGAAUGCGCACAUAUCAGUGGCUUCUUCACAUUAGCGCCAAGUGUAUGUCGGCGAUGUGUUCAAGAGCCCCGCCCAACUCUCUCUAAAGAACCGUUGAGGGGGUAUUUGUGCACGGAGUCCGUAAGAUUUAUAAUCAUAAUUAUGAGAGAGAUUCUUUUUUUGUUGUUGACAUGUAAAAUUUAUGGGGUAGAAACUCUGUAAAAAGAUCCAAACAAUUUUGAGGAUUGUUCUAGCCCACAUAAAUCUCAGUACAUUCAAAAUUUGUUAAAAAAUUUCUGGGAAAUUUGAAAGGACAAGAAUUUUAAGAGGAUUUAGGGCCUUUCAAAAUGGGAACAGUGUUUGAAACUGCACUGUUUUUUUUUUUUAAAUUGUAUUUUUUUUUUUUUUUCAUAAUUCUGAAUUUUUGUUUCCAAAUGCCUUUCUUUUUCAGUUCUUUCGCCUAAGCAAGUGCCUGUUUUUUUUUUAAUUUUGUUGUAAAUAUAUAUUAAAAAAAAGUGCACUUGGCCGAUUUUUGUGAGUGUAUAUAUUUUGUGGAAAAGAUUUUUUUUCAUUAAAUUAUGAACCGGAAAGAGUGCACUGUAUUUAUGAUUAGGAAGUUUUAGGUUAUUCUUUUAAUGUAUUCCGUUCGUGUUUUUUAGAGUUGAAGUGAUUUCGGACGUGCUUUUGUAAGCCCUGUUUAUUUGUAACUUUUGGAAGUCUUCAUGUUGCGUUUGUUUUCAUCACUUUGUGCAUGCACGUCCGUUAGUGUUCCAAUUGAGUAGUAUUUUUUAUCAUGGAUAUAAUUAUAACAAUAUACAUUUAUUUUUAAAGUUGAACAAAGCAAAUUGAAAAAAAAAAACUUUGAAAUAAUUAUAUUUCACCUAGUCAGUUUUCUUUUGUGGUUCAUUUAAAAAUAUACAUUUAUAGUUACAGAUAACAAUUUUAUCGUUUUAUUGAUGACAUGACACAUGUAAGUGAAAAGCUUGAUUGAGCUCUGAAAAACAUUUGUGUAAGUUGGUUUAAUGGUUACGUCAUGAAAACAUUGCCCCAAUAAACUAAAGAAAGGUAUGAAACAAACGCCAAAUUCUCAAAGUAUUUAUCAAACACCAAAUUCUCAAAGAAAGUAUUCAUCAUUUAUCAAAAUACAUGUAUGUCUGACAUUCGCUUUGUCUUGAUUUAUACAAUUUUGGAAGGAAAAAAAGUCAAAAGUCAAAAACAAGUCAAAAAGCAGACAGUUAAUUUCUCAUGAACUACAUUAAAGUGUAAAAAAUACAGUUUAAACUUUCCAUUCUUAAAAAAAAGGCAGUUCCAAGUGUAAUUGUUAUAAGCCAAUGAUAGCUCUUCGAUCCAGUCAUAGAUUUGUAAUCAUGAUUUAGUGAGAAGUUACAAUGUAGGAUAAUCAGUACUGACAAUAAAUAAUAAGAUUACAUAAUCAGUCAAAUAUAGUGUCUCAGUUUAUCGUACUAUUGCUAAGAAAAAAAACCCUCCAACUUUCUCUUCACUUUGUUUUAAAAUUGUACUUUAAAAUCCACCAGCAAUGCGAUGUUAAAUUUUCGAAUUUAAUGAAGACUGAUUAUGUUUAGAAAAAAAAAAGGUGGAGUGGCUUUUGUACACAUUUGCUAAGCACACUGAAAAAGUUUGGGUUACCAGCCAAGAUACCCUUAGAUGUGUAUACUGACAGUAACUGGUUCUCUGCUUUACAGCUCAAUGAAAUUGAGUGAUUUUGAACUAUCUGUUGAUUUCUACAUUUUCAUCUCAUUUGUUAGAAACUGUUGGCACUAGAAAAAACAAUGCUGAGUGAGACACGGACAAUGCAUUUUUUUUUUAACAAUUCUCGCCGGGAUUGUUUUGACAAGAACGGAACGAGGCGCGGGAUUAUUUUUCACUCGACCUCAAGCCAGGCGGGUUGAAGCCAUCUCCCUUGGGCAGCACACUCAUAUUUCCGGCCUCACUCGCUGCGAGCGGGUCGCUGACAGAUAUUUCAGGCCUCGCUCCCUGCGUGUUUAUCCGUCAUCCGUUCCAAAUACCGCAAAACUUUGCAUGUAUACACAGCCUCCAGCGCAAACUGGUUAAACAAUCAACCUCAGUGUGAGAGACUUAAUGCGAUCUCAUUUUUGACAAACAUUCCUUUGUUUAAGUUAUUGCCGAAAACAUGUUUCCCUUUUUUUGUUUUUAGCAUUCUUUACAUUAAAUGAAAUCGCAAUUUUUAAAGAGAUUUUUAUUGAUUUUGUCAUUGUUUUGAAUAAAAAUGUCCGAGUCUGCGUAAAAAUUUCUGGAGCUAAUUUCGUAAUUAUGCAUUUUUUAAUUAUUAAAAAUCUGUGGUUAAUUGAAUGUAAGCUUUAAUGGAAAAAAAAUACUUUUUAUGAUGUAUGCAAAACUUAAACCACCUAAAAACAAAGUGCA